GAUGGGUCUGCCGACGCUGGAGUUCAGUGAUUCUUUCUUGGACAGUCCGGACUUCAGAGAGCGACUGCAGUGCCAUGAGAUUGAGCUGGAGCGCACCAACAGGUUUAUAAAAGACCUCAUCAAAGAUGGAAACAUGCUCAUAUCUGCCCUCAGAAGUCUUUCUCUUGCUGUUCAGCGGUUCUCUCAGUCUUUGCAGGAGUUCCAGUUUGAAUGUAUUGGAGACGCUGAGACUGAUGAUGAAAUCAAUAUAGCUCAGUCCUUAAAGGAGUUCUCUCAGCUCUUAAGCACCAUGGAAGAGGAGAGAAAACGGCUGAUCCAGAAUGCUGAUGACGUUUUGAUCUCACCGCUCGAGAGGUUUCGAAAGGAGCAGAUCGGAGCUGUUAAGGAGGAAAAGAAGCAGUUUGACAAGGAGACAGAAAGGUACUACUCGGUGUUGGAGAAACACCUCAGCCUGUCCUCCAAAAAGAAGGAAUCCCAGCUGCAUGAGGCGGACUCGCAGAUGAGUAAAGACAGGCAGGUUUUUUACGAUGCGUCUCUGCAGUAUGUCUUCAAGAUCCAGGAAGUGCAGGAGAGAAAGAAGUUUGAAUUUGUGGAGCCUUUAUUAGCCUUCCUGCAGGGGUUGUUUACAUUCUACCACGAGGGCUACGAACUGGCCAGUGAGUUUGAACCCUACAAGCAGCAGCUUCAGUUCAACCUGCAAAAUGCUCGUAACAACUUUGAAAGUACGCGUGCUGAGGUUGAGCGGCUGAUGAAGAGGAUCCGAUCUGCCGAGGAAGACUUCAAAGCUCCCAGUUGCUUCACUAUGGAGGGAUAUUUGUACAUACAGGAAAAACGUCCUCUGGGCAGCGUGUGGACCAGAUACUACUGCACUUAUGAGAAAAGCUCCAAGAUGUUCACCAUGAGCAACACAGAGUCCAGACCAGCCAACAGACAGAAUGGCAUGGUGAAUGGUACACCGGAGAUGUUCAGACUGCGCUCGUGUGUCCGAAGGAAGACUGAUUCAAUUGACAAGCGCUUUUGCUUCGACAUCGAGGUGGUGGAGAGACAUGGUGUCAUCACCCUGCAAGCGCUGUCUGAGGCCAACAGACGGCUGUGGAUGGAGGCAAUGGAUGGAAAAGAGCCGAUUUACACUCUGCCAUCUCUGCUCAGCAAAAAGGAGGAGACAUUUCUCAACGAGGCAGGCUUCAACUUUGUUAAGAAAUGUAUUGAGCUGGUUGAAACAAGAGGCAUUACCACCCUGGGACUGUACAGGAUAGGAGGAGUGAACUCUAAAGUACAGCGGCUGAUGACGAGUGUGUUUGCAUCGACAGCUCCCUCUGACAUGCAGCUGGAUGCAGACGCCUGGGACAACAAGACCAUAACCAGUGGCCUGAAGAAUUAUUUCAGGUGUCUGGCAGAACCAGUACUGACCUACAGGCUGCAUAAAGAAUUCAUCAAGGCUGCAAAGUAUGAUGACCAGAAGCACAGAGUGAGAGCCAUUCAUGCUCUUGUACACAAACUGCCAGAAAAAAACAGAACAAUGUUGGACCUCUUAACCAACCACCUCCUCAAGGUGUCUUCUCACAGUGACCAGAAUCUGAUGACUGUGUCCAACCUGGGGAUGAUCUUCGGCCCCACAUUGAUGAGAUCGCAGGAGGAGACAGUAGCAGCCAUGAUGAAUAUCAAGUUUCAGAACAUUGUGGUGGAGAUUAUCAUUGAAAACCACGACAAGAUCUUUGGUGAGGCCCCGGAUCUGUCAGUGCCGUUGCCUCCAGCUCCGUCUUCUCGGUCGACUCCUCGGAGAAGCAAGGCCAUCUGUCUGUCGUCUGGAAAGAGAAAGGCCCGUCUCUACCCUCCAGCUCUUUGCUUGGCAGAUAAUGACAGUGACACGUUCAGCAGCAGUCCCAGCACGACUCCGAUGGGCAGCCAGGAGUCUCUGUCCUCACACUCCUCUGAAAAGAACGGCUUGUCUCAGACCUCCUCUCCGUCUUCUCCUGCUGCUGAGCCCACAUCACCCUCCACAGCACCGUCCUCUCCUCCCGCAGCUUCCUCCCCACCGCACAACUCCUCAAAUGGGAAAGAUCAGAGACAGUUGACAGACAGCGCUGCCUCCCCUCACGUCAUGCCUUCCUCUUCCCAGACUUCCGCCCAGCUCACUCCGGCGUUGCAGACUUCCUCUCUGUCCUCCUCCACGUCCUCUUUGCUGUCUGCAGUGGAGAGGUCAGUUAAAGGAAACUCCUCUGCCUCCUUGUCAUCUGUGAAAGAAUCAAGAUCUCCCUCCAGAGCCUCCACAUCCACCAUCUCCAUCCAGAACUCAUCUGUGGAGGGUUCCUCCACCCUCAGGGAGGGUUUCCCUGUUCACAGAGCAGCUUCUGUCUCCUCUCUGAAGAGCACUCAUUUGGUGGAUGAAAGAAAUGCAAGCAGCGCCACUGUCACACAAACCAGAGUGACGGACUCUACCUCUCCUCGGCAGCUUAGGACUUACAGGACUGCCUCCUCCUCCUCUUCCUCCUCCUCUUCUCUGUUUCCCUACCAGCUCUCCACAUCUUCCUCUCUCACCUCCCUGCACAUCUCUGAGGAUUACAAAAGCUGUCAUGGAUCAGUACAGAGUCUCAUGUCUCUGGACCCCCGAGAGGCACGUAAAACUUCACACAUCCGCUGUGGGUCCGAUAUGACUCCGAAACACUCUGCAGCCACGUCCAGCAACGGUUACCAGAGGCCUGGAUCACUAUUAUCGAUCAGACUACCACAGCGGGAGAGUUCGGUGUUCUCCUCAGCAUUAGACAUAUGUUGUGGAAGGGACGCAAAAGCUCUUUACUCCUGUGAGGCAGAGCACAGCCAUGAGUUAAGUUUUCCGCAGGGGGCGCUGUUCUCAAAUGUGUAUCCGUCUGUGGAACCAGGGUGGCUUCAGGCGACAUACAACGGCAAAACAGGCCUCAUCCCUGAAAACUACAUCACAUACAUCGGACAAACCUGACUGUGUCGUCAAGACGCCACUGAGAAACACAGGUCGGUUUUAGAUUUUAGGGAUCUACAGUGCAAACAGUAAUCCUCUGUGCUGCGGAUCAAAGAUAUAAUAUAUUUAUAUAGUAACUGUGACUAUUAUCACUGACUACUGUGGCAGGAUAUGAAAGACGUGUGUACUGUAUGUAAUCAUGUUAUGUGUUAUUAACCAGCCUAUAAUACAGUAGAUGUUAAUAUUAUUUGACUUUUUUGUUUUACUCAUUAUCAGUGUCUUUUAUGUUCAGCAGUCUCUGCUAUACUUCACUAUAUAUGGAUUAAAUGUGUCUACAAGGUACAUGGAAGCAGUAUUUUUCUAUCAAUCUCAGUAAUUUAUAUGUUUAAUGUCCUAACUGUAUGUUUAAAAAUGAAAUGUUCACACCUCGGUGCCUUGCGCGAUAUGAGACUGAAGACUGAAUCCUGUCGUAACACCUUCGCCCUGCUGUCUCUGUCAGUUUUCCUGCUGUCUUAAUAAAGGACAAAUACUUUUUCUUUAAAAAAA